AUGGUUGAGGCAAAUCUCAAGAGAACAGUCGAAACGACGUUUCGUGCUCCAAAAAGACCCUUUCUGUCCAUAUCGCCCACGCCAGAGCAAGAGAAGGAGUCGAAGGCCUAUCUGAACCCCGAGAUUUUCUACGAGACCUACAGGAAAGCACUGAAGUUGAGUGUUGCUCAGUCCGAGCCGUAUAGAUGGGGACAUAUCUCGCAGCUUGUUGAUGACAAACUUUUGCGAGACGUUCGCUCGGAAAUUCUAAAGGAGAUACAUUUCACCAAAAAGGAAACCGAUAUCUAUAAGGUGUACCAGAGCGGUGACCUGGCCAACCUUUCCGGACUCGACUGGAGUGAUUUAUCGCGAUUGCCAAACUUGUUCAAGUUGCGGAAUGCAAUUUACUCUCAGGGUUUCCGCGACUUUAUUUCCGAGGUUACUGGUUGUGGGAAGCUGAGCGGAGUCAAGACAGAUAUGAGUCUGAAUACCUACACCAAAGGGUGCCAUUUGCUAACUCAUGACGAUGUGAUUGGUUCUCGCCGCGUUAGUUUCAUUCUUUACAUUCCGGAACCGGGAAAAACAUGGAAACCUCAUUAUGGAGGUGCUUUGAGACUGUUUGACUCGAUAGUGCCCAAUGUUCCCCGUUCAGACUACCAUUGCAAAUUCGUUCCGCAAUUCAACCAGAUGGCAUUUUUUACUGUCCAGCCUGGUCUUAGCUUUCACGAGGUUGAAGAAGUCAAGGUGGAUAGACAUAGAUUGUCAAUUCAAGGCUGGUUUCACAUCCCACAGCGCGGUGAGGAUGGGUUCAUUCCGGGUGAACAGGAAAGAACUGAGGCCAAGAGCACGCUUCAGCAGCUCGAGUCUAAAGAGCUUCGUGAAUUUGACUUUCCUAAGAUUUUCAGGAAUGAAAUCAACCCGGAAGUUGUUAAAUCUUAUGAGUCUGCAGAAGGACUGACUCAGGCGGAAACGGAGUACCUUUCCAAGUACCUCAACAAAUCGCUUCUUUCAAGUGAAGCAAUAACGAAAAUGAAGGCUCUUUUUGAUCAGGAGUGUAUGGUGGAUAUCCAGGAGUUCUUGAGUCCGAAAUUUGCGGAUCUUCUCUCUAAAAGCAUCAAGAAGUGUGAGUUCAACACCACCAUGCCUCGUGUACAGAAAGACGUGAAAUUUCCCUGGAAGCUUGCUAUACCCCCUCACAAACAGAGGUUCAUGUAUAUGGACGGACUUGACCAACAGAACAUAGAUACCGCAGCCGAUAUCCAGUUCGCCAAUGGGAUAGCACCCCAGGAACUUCCCAACUUCGGACUCACAAGAAACGUGGCUAAGUCUGAAGUUGAUCGUGAACUCUGUACGCUGUCGGAGAUGUUCAGAAGCAAUGCGUUCCGCAAGUAUAUUGCCCUUAUAACUGGACUUAUCGCAUGUAAGGACCAGGUACUGGUGCGGCGCUUCAGGCCCGGCCACGAUUUCAUUCUCGCUACCGAAUUGGAGGAGGAGCCGACUGUGGGAAUUUUGGAUUGUGUGCUAGAAGCUACUAUGAAUCUGACCCCAACUACUGGCUGGGAAUCGGGAGAACUGGGUGGAUAUGAACUAUGCAUGGUCACUAAUGACGAGGAGCAACAGGCGGAUGAAAAGUUGAACGAAGAUGAGGCUGCAAUCUACAAGGAGAAUGACGACAGUGUGGUGUUUACGUCUCAGGCCUCUUGGAACACUUUGAAUCUAAUUUUGAGAGACCCAAAGGUGCUGAAAUUUGUGAAGUAUGUAAGCAACGAUGCUCCGGGAUCUAGGUGGGAUAUCAGCUGUUCGUGGAAUGUUAAGGAUAUUUUCGGAAAAGACGAGGAAGAAGAAAACGAAGGAGAAGGUGAUGAAUAA